UCUGUCUGUCUGGUGAGGGGAGGUUUUGAGGGAGGGAGUUUGGGAGUUUGGGAGAUUGGAAGAUUGGGAUUUCCAUUGCCAUCAUUCUUGGUUUGGAGGUUGUGUAGAUCUCCUGUAAAGCACAGAGUUUCUGAAUGACCCAUUUGGUUAAAGGGUUGGUGCAGAGUCAGAUAUGAGGUUGUGGACGGGCUUGGCCCUCCUGGCGCUCUGUGCAGCACCUUCAAAUGCUUUCUGGUGGCAAAGCAAUGGUGGCACCGCUACAAAGGCUCAACCAGUGGCUGAAGAAGAUGCUUCUAACAGUGGAAAAGCCUUGGAGAAAGAGGACAUAUCUGACGUUGGAGCAGAAAUCCUUGACGUUGCCAGUGGAAUCCAGAAAAUUGUGCAGAACUGGGACCAAGAUCCAACUCCAGCCGUCUCCACGAAAAGUACGGAUGCAGCAGGGAACACCACCAGCACAGCUGCCGGACCUCCUAUGAUCCAGGACAGUGUCAACACGGAGGAGAGUGGAAUCUCUUUGCUGCAGCUGAUUGGAAGCCCACCACCCAAAGGCGUGACUCAUGUAGUAGGUCCUGAUGGCCACCCCGCCUACCUGUUCGGAGAGGAAUCCAGCACAGGACAGCUGGCCCUGUCCCACCUCCCCAACCCCUUCUACCGGGACUUCUCCCUCACCUUCCAGCUCAAGCCCACCUCAGAGGAUGCGGGGGUCGUCUUCGCCAUCACAGACUCUGAGCAGAAGCUGAUGUACGUCGGGGUGAAGCUGUCGCAGGUGGAGGGUAGCAGCAGGAGGGUUAUAGUUUACUACACUGAGCCGGGGGCGAAGGAAUCGGUGGAGGUGGCCAGCUUUAACGUUCCGUAUCAACCUGAAGACUGGAGCCGGUUCUCCUUAGCUGUGAACCUCAACCAGAUAUCCUUCUAUGAGGACUGUGACUCUGAACCCAAAGUGGUGGAAUUUGAGCGUUCCCCAGGAGCUCUGAACCUGGACUCAGGUGCUGGGGUCUUCGUUGGACACGGUGGAACUGUGGACCCAAACAAGUAUAAGGGCAUUAUUUCAGAAUUACAGUUGGUGGGAAACCCAAGAGCAGCUGAACGCCGCUGUGGAGAAGCUGAAGACGAUGACGAAGAUUAUAGCUCAGGAGAAUAUGGGAGUGGUUCGGAACCAGACGCUGACAAAAUUACAGACAAAUCCGACGUGUUUUCACCACUUCCACGACCUGCUGUUUCCACACCUAGCAAAUCCCAACUGGACACAGAUGAUACACCUGUGAUUACAGGUGAUAAACCUGUGAUUACAGGUGAUAAACCUGUGGUUACAGGUGAUAAACCUGUGGUUACAGGUGAUAAAUCUGUGAUUACAGGUGAUAAACCUGUGGUUACAGGUGAUAAACCUGUGGUUACAGGUGAUAAACAUGUGAUUACAGGCGCUAAAGGAAUGAAAGGAGAUAAAGGAGACAGAGGAGACAGAGGAGACCAAGGAGCCAAAGGUCCAGCAGGACCAAAGGGUGAUCCCUGGCCCACAGAUAAUUCAUCUUCAUCUGAAGAUGUAAUCCGUGGAGUGAAGGGCGAAAAAGGAGAUAAAGGAGUGAUGGGUAAUCCUGGAUCAGGUUAUCCAGGGUCUAAAGGGGAUCGGGGACCUCCAGGUCUGCCAGGGCCGCCUGGUCCUCAGGGUCCGGCUGCUGAGUUAAUCAACGUCGGGGAAGGUAAAGUGGUGGAGAGGGUGGUGGGACCCGCCGGCCCCAACGGUCUACCAGGCCCUCCAGGUCCACCAGGACCUCCUGGACCAGAGGGGGAUACUGGAGACCCUGGAGAAGAUGGCAAAAAGGGUCCUGAAGGGCCACGUGGCUUUCCGGGAGGACCUGGCAACCCUGGAACUAAAGGCCAGAAGGGAGAGAAAGGUGAAGGAAAGCCAGGACCCAGAGGUUUACCUGGACCUCCUGGACCACCUGGACCUUCAAGCUUAGAUCGGACAACCUUAGUGGACAUGGAGGGUUCUGGAUUCCAUGACAUAGAGAGAUUGCAAGGGUCUCGUGGUCUUCCUGGCCUACCUGGACCCCCAGGGCCUCCAGGACCUCCAGGACCUUUUGUCGGUAAAAGUGGAAAAAUAGAAGCAUAUGGCCCCCCUGGGCCUCCUGGACAGAAUGGGGCCCCUGGACUGCCUGGCCCACCAGGUCGACCUGGAACUCCUGGUCGUCCAGGACCUCCAGGACCUGCUGGCCAGAAGGGAGACUGUGGUGAACUGGGGCUUCCUGGUACAGCUGGAGAGAAGCAAGACUCCUCCUCUACCUCUUUUUUCUCCUGGUUCUCUUACCCCUGGGGGAGUAGUGAGGGAGCACAGGGCACAGCAGGUGAAGAAGGUGAACCUGGACAGGUAGGCCGAGCUGGGCUGCCUGGACCAAUGGGGCCGCAGGGACCUGCAGGACUUCCCGGGCCUCCUGGACCUCCUGGACCAGUCAUCAAAAUUGGCAGCAAUGGAGAAGAAUCUGAACUUGCUCUUCAGUAUAUUCCAGGAGAGAUGGGUCCACCAGGUCCUCAGGGACCACAAGGAAUUCCUGGACUGCAGGGAAAGACAGGAUUACCUGGAAUCCCGGGUCAGAAAGGUGACGAGGGUCCCAGAGGACGGGAAGGAAUUCCUGGACUUGAUGGUUUCCGUGGACCAGAGGGACUGAAGGGUGAAAGAGGCUACAAAGGAGAGAAAGGUGAAGAGGGGAGAGCUGGAGGCCCCCCAGGACCCCCUGGACCCCCAGGACCUCCAGGAACAGUAGUCUACGUUUCAAGCACUGAUGGAGAAGUACAAGGAGUACCUGGAGAAAAGGGACAGUGCUGUAUUCCAGGACACCCAGGAUUCCCAGGUCCAAUGGGUCCUAAAGGUGAUAGAGGGACAACAGGUCCACCAGGAGCAGCUAUUAAGGGUCAGAAGGGUGAACCCGGCCUGAUCAUUGGUCCAGAAGGAUCUCCCAUCUAUCUGGGUGGACGAGGUGGAGAAACGGGUGAAGCAGGACUUGGAGGACCAGUUGGGCCUCCAGGUCCACAAGGACCUCCAGGGCCCAAAGGUGAAAUAGGAAUACCAGGAAGACCAGGCCGCUCAGGUGUGAACGGGAGGAAAGGUGAGAAGGGAGAUUCUGGAGGUGUUGCUGCAGGUGGAUAUGGAUACGGUUAUCCGGGACCUCCGGGACCACCAGGCCCCCCUGGACUUCCUGGACCUUCAAUACAUGGGGGCUAUGCUAGCAGCGGCAGAGAGUUUGCUAAAGGAGAAAAGGGAGAACGAGGAGCCCCUGGAAUUCCUGGUUUGCCAGGUCUGACUAGCAAUGUUGACAUUUAUGCACUGAAGACUGAACUGAGGGGUGAACAAGGCUUUAAGGGACAGAAGGGAGAGCCGGGAGGAGGCUACUUCGACCCUGUUUACAGUCGAGGAUCGGUUGAAUCUGGAAGGCCAGGACUUCCCGGUCCAAAAGGUGAAUCAGUUGUCGGACCUCCGGGGCCUCCAGGACCUCCUGGACUUCCAGGAACCGGCUUUCCUGGUCAACCAGGUAAUCCAGGACUUCCAGGACCGCCGGGACCACCAGGACUUCCAGGACCACAGGGAUCAGCAGGACCAGCACUACCAGGAGUCUACAGACCAGGACAGACCAUUAGUGUCCCUGGACCACCAGGUCCUCCCGGUCCUCCAGGAAUUCCUGGACAGUCUUCUGGGGUCAUGGUUUUGAGAUCUUUUGACAUGAUGACUGCAGCGACUCGACGGCACCCAGAGGGAACGCUGGUCUACAUCGUAGACAACACAGAUUUCUAUGUCAGAGUGCGAGACGGCGUCCGGAAAGUCAUGCUGGGAGAAUACACGCCUUUCCCAAAACAACUGGAUCAUGAUGUAGCAGCAGUGCAGCCUCCCCCCGUGGUGCUCUACCCUCCAGAAUCUCACACUAAAGACGACAGAGUUCCUCCACAGACCGAAGUUCUUCUGCCUCCACAGCCGGAUGCUGAACGCCAACCUCCUUAUGACCCACAAUACCCUACUGACCCACGAUACCCUACUGACCCACGAUACCCUACUGACCCCAGAUACCCUACUGACCCACGAUACUCCCCACCAACUGACCCACGAUACCCUACUGACCCACAAUACCCUACUGACCCACAAUACCCUACUGACCCCAGAUACUCUGCACCAACUGACCCCAGAUAUGCAGAUCCACGAUACUCUGAUCCACGAUACUCAGAUCCCCGGUACUCUGAUAUACAGUACCCUGGUCCAACUGACCCUCGUUACCAGCCUGAACCGGACCCCAGACCCUACCCCCCCCAUCCCGACAGCAGAUACCCCCAUCACUCAGGAUCUGAGUACCACGUUACCCCAGUGCGCAGACCCCUCCCUCCAGAACCCAGACUUCCUGCCCACACGCACUCCUCCGGACCUGCGUUGCACCUAAUUGCUCUCAACUCACCUCAAGACGGAGACAUGCAGGGAAUUAGAGGAGUGGAUCAUCAGUGCUUCCUCCAGGCUCAGGCUAUUGGACUUAAAGGCACUUUCAGAGCUUUCCUUUCAUCACGACUGCAGGAUCUCUACAGUAUCGUACGCAGAAGUGACCGGGAUCAGUAUCCUAUUGUUAACCUGAGGGAUGAGGAGUUAUUCAGCAACUGGGACGCCAUCUUCAGUGACAACGAGGGCAAGAUAAGAGACAACAUUCGCAUCUAUUCAUUCGAUGGCCGAGACGUCCUGGAAGACGAUGCAUGGUCGGAUAAGGUGGUGUGGCACGGUUCCAGCACUGCAGGACACCGGCAGACAGACAGCUUCUGUGAAACAUGGAGGACCGAUAACCACGCAGUAACGGGCAUGGCCUCCUCCCUCCAGGACGGCCACCUCCUGCAGCAGACCCCGCGAAGCUGCUCCAGGUCCUCCAUCCUGCUGUGCAUCGAAAACAGCUACAUCUCCAAGUGAGGCCCUGCUUCUUUAAUCUCAGUUUAUACAGCUGCACCAAGAAAAGAAAAACAGCAGCAGAAGAUCUUCAAACAAGCCAUGAUCUAAACUACGAAUAUUCAGACCUACUCUGAAAAAAUGAUGAGUAAAAUUUACUUUAAAUAAGUUUCGCAACUUUCUGCAUUUGCUUUU